AUGUCAUAUUUGAACGCCGUUAUUAAAGAUUCUGAUAUGGAUCGGUAUAUGCAAGAAGAAGCUUUGACUGUAGCGGCAGAUGGAAUGGAUAAACAUGGUAUAGAUAAAGAUAUGGCUUCACAUUUAAAACAAUAUUUUAAUUUGAAAUAUGGAAGAACAUGGCAUUGUAUUGUUGGAAAACAGUUUGGAAGUGACGUUUCAUAUGAAGAACAAGAUUUGAAAUUAACCGUUAAUUUUACUAGUGUGCGUUACGUCAAGGUCAAAGUGGUAGCAUUUUCGGAUUGCACUGCUGGAUUGAAUUUAUUAUCAAUAAUGAGUAGAAUUAGGACAUCUCUUGGAGUUUUAAGUCUUGGAUUUGGAUUGUUCACUGCAGAAGCUUUGUAUUCUGGAAAUGAGCACUUCUAUAAGGAUUGGUUUCUACCUACUGCCCGUAUCUUAGUCCGUGAUGGUGAAACUGCCCACAAUUUGUCAGUUUACUUAGCAAGUCAUGGUUUUAUACCACAUAAACCUCGAAACUCAUUCCCUCACCUCAAAUGUAAAGUUUUUGGACUCGAAUUCGACCAUCCCAUAGGAUUAGCUGCAGGUUUUGAUAAAAAUGGAGAGGCAUUUAUGGGUCUCUUAAAUGCAGGAUUUUCACAUAUUGAAGUUGGAACUGUCACCCCGGAUCCUCAGCCAGGUAACACACGUCCUCGUAUAUUCAGAUGGACCAAGAAAGAAGCGGUAAUAAACCGAUGUGGGUUUAACAGUGAUGGACAUGAUGCUGUAUAUGAAAGACUCAAAGAUCGUCCAUGGGAAGGCCGUGGUGUAAUUGGUGUCAAUUUAGGCUGCAAUAAAACAAGUACAGAUCCAACUGCUGAUUAUGUGGCAGGUGUUCGGAAGUUUGGCGAAGUAGCUGACUAUUUAGUAAUCAAUGUGUCUAGUCCAAAUACUCCAGGACUACGCUCCCUACAGACUAGAGAAAAAUUGCGCGAUCUCUUAUCUAAAGUAAGUUUAGCACAUACCAAAUACGGAGAUUGUUAUUUGGUAUAAAUGUUUAAAUCAAAUUUCGAGCUUUGUUUGGUGAUGAAAUUCAGACUGAAUCUCUGAAAGUCAAAUAACUCAGUAACUUAGAGUAAUCUCAACAGUAAUGCUGCGAGAAAGUCUUGCUUUGCUCGUUGUGAUGAGUUUUAUCAGCUCGAAAUCAAUUAUUGAAAAAAACUCCUAUUUUAUUAAAAAUCUCUCCAGAUGAAAAUGAUCAAAGUUUAAAAGAUAUAGUAGAAGUUGCUUUGGAUUCGAAAACUCGAAUAGAUGGAAUGAUCAUUUCAAACACAACACUUGCAACUUAUGAAGAGGCUGUAGCUUGCGGUGCUGCUCCAAUACCAGGGAACAAUGAACAAAAUGUUGUAUAUGGUGGCUUAAGCGGUCGACCAUUAUUUGAAAAAUCAACAGAUUGUUUAAGGAAGGUUUCUGCAUUAACCAAAGGUGCUAUACCCCUGAUCGGUGUUGGUGGUAUCAGCUGCGGUGAAGAUGCAUUGUCCAAGUUGAAUGCCGGUGCUAGCUUAGUACAGUUAUAUACAAGUUUUGUUUAUCAGGGACCACCGGUUGCUCAUAAAGUCGCUAGAGAAAUUAAUAAAUUAAAAAUGACAUCUUUAACUCCCGACUAAAAACCUGCUUUUUCUUUCUAAUAAAAGAAUAUUUGUGUUACAUUUAAAUAGAAUUUAUUUAUACAUUGUCUUAA